AUGGGCACUCAUGCAUACAUCGAUCCGGAUUUCCUUGCAACGGGAGAGCUUAUCCCAAAGUCUGACAUUUAUUCUUUUGGGAUUUUAUUGUUGUGCUUAUUGACUGGUAAAUCAGCCUUAGGGAUAUCAAAGGAAGUAAAAUAUGCUGUGGAUAAUGGUGAUCUCAAUGCCUUAUUGGACCCUUCAGCUGGGAACUGGCCUUUUGUCCAGGCUGAGCAGCUCGCUCAAUUAGCUUUGAGGUGCUGCGAUAUGAACCAAAGAAAUCGCCCUGACCUCGAAUCAGAUAUCUGGAGGGUUCUAGUACCUAUGAAAGCUUCAUGUCAACACUCAACAGUUAUCUACAUUACUUCUGCCUUCUGAUGACCAAGCACCAUAUUAUUUCAUAUGCCCUAUUUUUCAGG